ACCUUGUGCUUAGCUCAUUCUUCUCUCCAUAGAAAGAUUCAUCCCUAGCUAGCUAGGCAUAUGGCCAUGGCUGCAGCUCUUCUUCUUCUCCUUCUUGUUGCUCCGGUGAUCUACGCGGAGAACCACACCGUUGGUGGCAGCUCCGGUUGGACCACUGGGGUUGAUUACUCCACUUGGGCCUCUGGAGAAACGUUCACCGUCGGCGAUUAUCUUGUUUUCACUUAUGGUUCCACACACUCAGUCGAUGAGGUAAGUAAAAACAGCUAUGAUAACUGUGCGACCAGCAACCCCACCAACAGCUAUACCGGCGGGAGCAACACCAUUGCCCUAACCACCGCCGGUUCACUGUACUUCCUGUGCCCUACAAGCGGUCACUGCAGUCAAGGGAUGAAGCUGGCCAUCACCGUCGAGGCCAACAGCAGCAGCACCCCUCCGGCCACAUCAUCUCCAAGUUCUCCGAGCCCUUCGCCGUCUCCGACCACCAAUUCAUCAUCACCAUCACCUAGUGGGGCGACCAGUAAAUUUUGUAGCAUGAGCCAUUUGAUGGUCGGACUUGUGCUUGGUUUUGGAAUGAUGUUUGCAUUGGUGGUUUAGGGAAGAGGCAGUGCUGUUGUUAUUAUUGGGAUGAUUGUGUGAUUUUUACAAUUAUUGCAUGAAUAAUUAAUAGAGGUUUGUGUAAGGUUUAUGAUUUAUUGAAUAAUUGGUGGAUAUAAAAUAUUUGAGUCAAUUCUACUUGA